AGAAGUCUGGUGCCCUGUGAGGGACAUCGAGCUCAGUUUCUGCCUGUCACAGAGCUGUUAAGACAAGCACAAGUUCAGAACUGUUUCUGCUGUUUGGACUUCAGUAUGGCGGAUAUGUUUUAUAACAAUUUGAAGGAACCACCUACUUCUACUGUCAUGUUGGAAAGCUGCCAGUUCUGUCAGGUCAUCUUUGCAAACAUAGAGAAAUUCUAUGUUCCUGGAACAGAUAUAACUUGCUAUUAUAACCUUUCCCGGUACUUCAUGCCUCGCAAGAAGGAUUGGGUGGGCAUAUUCAGAGUGGGAUGGAAGACAACUCGUGAAUACUUCACAUUCAUGUGGGCCCCUAAGCCCAGAUAUUCUGAGACCGGCUAUGCUGAACCACAGCAGGUGGUUUUUAAAGCCUACUAUCUGCCAAAGGAUGAUGAGUAUUAUCAGUUUUGCUAUGUUGAUCAAGAUGGGCAAAUCAAUGGGACCAGUGUCCCCUUUCAAUUCCGUACUGAGACUAAUGAUGACAUACUUAUCGUUACUAAAGAGGGAGAAGUGGAGAAAAUACAGCAGCAAAAUGCAAUGUUGCUUCAAGAAAACAAGAACCUGAAGAAGAAUCUGGCAAAUCUCCAGGAGCAGAAUAUGCAUCUACAAGAAGAACUUGUGGCAGCUAAGGUUCUUCAAGAUAAAGUGAACACUUUAGAGAACAAAUGUGAGAAACUUGAAUCCCAAAUGACAGAUCUGGAAAAGGAGAAGUAUGCCAUAAAGGACGACCUGAUGCAGAUCAAAGAAGAGAAAGAAUCUGUAUUAUCUGAGAAAGAAAAGAUGGGAAACCAGCUGAAAACCACUUUGUGCCAAAAAGAAGAAUUUCAAUUACAAGUGCAAAUUCAAAAGAAGGAGAUGGACAACCUGCAGGAGACAAUUAAAGAUAAAGCAAAGCACCUGAAAGAAUGGAAGGGAGAGAAUUAUCAAUUAAAUGCUGCCUUGUUUAGACAGCAAAUGUUGAACAAGAUCCAGGAAGAACAAACACUUGCACUUCAAAUCCUGAAGAAGCAAAAAGAUGAACUACACCAAGAAAAACAGAAAUUAUGGCAAGAAAAUGAAGACUUGAAGGCAACCACCCCUGAAAUACGCAGUUCAUCUGCUGGACUCCCAUCCCAGUCACCACCUAAUUCUGGGCUCCUGUUUGAAAAUCCAUAUUCUGCAUCACCAAAAAUUGUUCAGACGAAUCCGGUCUCUCUGAAAAAGUGUCCCAUAUGCCAGGAAGUCUUCCCUAAUGACAUUGGACAACAACAAUAUUUGGAUCAUGUGCAAAAUCACAUUCUCGAUUGUCCAUAUUGCAAUAAAACCUUUGACAGCUCCGACAAGCAAGUGUAUGAUGACCAUGUCUUUUGCCAUCGCUUAGACCAGGCUUAAGCCUGCUUGCAUCACUUGCCCUAAACUAUUACACUAAUGCCCUUUUUUAUUUCCCCCCUCUCCUUUUUCCAUUUCUCUCCUUUGUAUGAUUUGGCAGGGAUAGAUACUUGAUCUGCUAAAAUUGACAUAUCAAGUCUGUCAUUGGGCCUGAAGUGCUGAUUACUUUAAUUUUCUUGUGAUACAUGUGUUAAAUUAAAUAAUACAUUAUGCUGUUGCUUUGGAAGCAGAAAUUUCCAUAUUUAAAUCUUAUAUUUAAAAAUAAGAUGCUUCCUUCCCCCCUCACCCACCCUAAAUCUUCCAUGAAUAAUGGAUCAUGUUCAUGAUAAGUAGAGAUUUCUAGCUUUGCUAGAAAGAAUAUCUCUAGCAUAUGGGCUCCAGCACAAGUCUGAAAGUUUGGGAGACAAAACCUCUGGUCCCUCAGAUUGGAUUCUAAAACAUUAUCCUGGGACACGUAUAUUCACCUUCUUUUGUGAUUUCCAGCUCUGCCUGUCGUAAAGAAUAAAACUUGCACUUUUUGCUUGCUUUGCUUGUUUUAUGCCUGUUUAGGCAAAGCAACAAUGUGCCAUAUCUGUUGUCAGGGAGCUCACUCUCAUAUCAGAAAAUUAUCUGAAGAAGGAACCCAAUUUUUUAAUGACAUUGAGAUUGAUAAAGGUACUGACAAGUUUUCACCAGUAUUGUCACUGUAUGGAAAGGAGAAUGUUAAA